UCAACCGCAAAAAUGCGUUUCAUUGAAAUGAGUAGCAGUGGACCAAACAAUAAUUGAUUUUCAGUUAAUUAUAACAGAACCCACUACGUUUGUGUAAUGACUUUUUGUUUACAGUUAUAAAUCAAGAGAAACAUAAAAAUACCGAGAUGUCUCGUUGUUUAACGUUUUCCAUUUUAUUUGUAUUGUUUACAACUUUUAAAACAGUUUAUAGUAUAAACUGUUAUCAAUGUUCUGGUACUGAUUCGAAUAAUCCGUUCGAAUGCAAUGAGUUUUUAGACGGUGAUGUUGACUUGGUACCCAUUGAUUGUGCCACAAUUCAUGAUGCUCAAUACUGCAUAAAACACGUCGGAAGGUUUGAAGGUUUAACAAUAGAAUGUUACCAGUGUAAUACUUCUUCAACUAUGGAGUGCGGUGAUGGUCUGAUGAAAUUGGAUGGUGGGAUAUUGAAGCCAAUGCCAUGUGAUCAUGUCUAUGAUGCACGUUACUGCAUCAAACAUACAGGUGGUAUAAGCACAAAGAGAUUCUGUUCGUCAUUAGACCUUGGCAACUACUGUGAUUAUGUCAGACAACGGGGAGACAAAUUAGAAUAUAGAACUUGCAUCUACACUUGUAGCACAGAUGGUUGCAAUUCUGCUUCCAAUAUUGGUGUAUCUAUAUUAUUUCUAUUUUUAGGAGUAUUUGUGUUGACAUUUAGUAUCUUUUAAAUGUUUUAAUAUUUUAUAAACGUAAGAGUACAUUCAUUCCAUAUUUGAUAAAAUUUGUAUCCGUCCAUUUGUGUUCUAUGUUGUGAUUUUUAUAAAAUAUUUUUACAACUGUACUGAUUAGUUAGAUUUUGUUAAUAUGCUUUAUAUCACAAGUCGUCACUGUUUUUUUUUUUAUAAGAUGUAAAUCAAUUUUAGAUAAUAUUUCAA